UCUUCUUCUAUUUACCAUUACUUUCUUAUGUAUGACUAACCUCUGUUUGGUGGUGCAGGAGGAGAAACUGAAGCGGCCGCUCUCACACAUGCAGGCGUGGGAGAUCGCCCAUACGCGGAAGGACCCCAAGCCUGGCGAGCCCAAGUACUACGGCAAGAAGACCGCGCAUAGGAAGAAGGCCUACUCCGAUGGGUAUCUGGCGUUACAUCCUGACACACCUGACCCCAUUGCGGCGGAUCUGGACGAAAGGGUGGUGGUGGGCAUGGGGCCGAAGGAGCACGGUCGGGAGGCGGUUCUCGAUGCUGUGAUCACUCCGUCUAUCUCCUACACACAGCUCCGUCGGAUCGACCCGACCCUGAGCCAGCGCACAAGCAUGCGCAUGAGCAGUGCACCGUCACUGUCCCUCUUUCAGGAGCAGCAAACUGCCUACAUGGAGUACACACGCCAGGAGACCAUGGCGUGGCACGACCGCCUUCAUGCAUACCAUCAGCAGAGGGAUCGCGAGAUGCAGCACGCUUUUCAGGAAAUGGCGGCCGAAUGCUGGCCCCUCGCCGGUUAG